UUUUGACUGUCGCUGCGCAGGAGAUGGGGCAAAGGUGAAUCAUACUAUCGAUUUAUUGAUUGAAUAAGUUCAGCGGGCGAAACUAAAAAGCAAACCGAUCCGGGCAAUAGAAUUUCCUCGAUCGCUUCGUUGAUUCUGAAUAUUUGGUGUUUGGAAAGAAUAACUUCAAGAUGUUAGAGAAGAUCGGGUUGCCGCCAAAGCCAUCACUGCGCGGGAGUACUUGGGUGGUGGAUGCCUCAAACUGUCAGGGUUGCUCAUCUCAGUUUACCUUCAUCAAUCGCAAGCAUCACUGUAGACGGUGUGGAGGAUUGUUUUGCAACAGUUGUACCCAGCAAAGAAUGGUCUUACGUGGACAAGGUGAUUCACCUGUCCGUAUUUGUGAACCUUGUAAGAAGCUAGAAGAGGCAGCACGAUUUGAGAUGCGACAGGGACGCAGAGCUGGCAGAGGGGGUUCAAAAUCAGCACCUAGAUGUGAAGAUGAAGUUUUGAAGCAGAUUCUUGGCCAUGAUGGAGAACAAUCUUUUUCAUCAGGAAGUCAUUCAACCAAUAGCGCAAUUUCUCACAGUCAGAGAUCUGUUGGCAGUGCAUCCUCUUCAAGUACCAUGGGACAUGCUAAUCAGGAUGUAGGUGGCAUACAAAAAACUAUCUCAAAUGAUGACGUCAAUCAUUUGGGGGUUGAUCUGGGAUCCACCAGUCCUGAUGAUUUGCGCCAAAAAGCUUUGGAGGAAAAGAAGAAAUAUAAAAUUCUGAAAGGAGAUAAAAAAUCUGAGGAGGCCCUUAGGGCUUUUAAGAGAGGUAAGGAGCUUGAAAGGCAGGCUGAUGCCUUGGAACUUCAUUUAAGAAAGAUUCGAAAGAAAAAUACAUCCUCAGUUAACAUGUCUGAUGCGUUUAACAGAGAUAUUUCUUUAGAACAUGGGAAAAAAACUAACUCACUUCCUCAUAUGCAUAAAGAGAAGCAUGAUCUUACUGCUGAACUUAGAGAGCUUGGGUGGUCUGAUUUGGAUCUUCGGGAUGAAGAUAGGAAGUCAGCAAACUUGAGUUUGGACGGUGAACUAUCAUCUAUUAUUGGAGAUAUCCAUCCGAAGAACAGUGAAGAAAAGGGCAGUAGAAUUGACAAGACCCAGGUUGUUGCUCUUAAGAAAAAGGCUCUUGCAUUGAAGCGAGAGGGGAAGCUUGCAGAGGCCAAGGAAGAAUUAAAGAGAGCUAAAGUUUUAGAAAAGCAACUGGAAGAACAGGAAUUGCUGGGAGAAGCUGAAGAUUCUGAUGAUGAGCUAUCAGCACUAAUUCGUGGCAUGGACAAUGAUGAGGAAGGGUCUUUAAAUUUCCAUGACCAUGAUCAUAACUUUGAUUUUGAUAACCUUUUGAGAAUGUCUGAUAAUGUUGAUAGCAAUUUUGAAGUGACUGAUGAUGAUAUGUUGGACCCUGAAAUAGCUGUUGCUUUGAAAUCAUUCGGAUGGACUGAAGAUUCUAAUAAUUCUGAAAAUAUAACACCUGAUUCUCAUCCCCUUGAUGCGGAGGCAUUGCUUAGCGAAAUUCAAUCUUUAAAAAGAGAGGCUCUUAAACAAAAGAGGGAAGGUAAUACUGAAGAAGCAAUGACAUAUUUGAGAAAGGCAAAGUUAUUAGAAAGGGAGCUUGACAGUUCUGGGUCUCAAGAGAACAAUACUAUGACACAAAAAUCCACUGCUGCCAGUAAAGGUGUUAGUUCCCAAAUUGCUGGUAAAGGAUCUGAAUUUAUUGAAGUGGUUGAGGGAAAUGCUAAUUUCAUGAACAUUACUGAGGCCCCAAAAAGUCGAUUAACGAUUCAGAAAGAGCUUUUGAAUUUAAAGAAGAAGGCUCUUGCAUUGAGAAGGGAAGGGAAACUGAAUGAGGCAGAGGAAGAAUUGAGAAAGGGCGCAGCACUUGAGCAUCAGCUGGAGAAGAUGGAUAAAGCUCAAAAUCUUAACGGAACUCAGUCAAAAAUUGGUGGUAAUGUUCCGCAUUCGGUGCACAAGCUUCCUGAUAUUCAUAAAGAUCUGCCACUUGGGGAAGGAGGAGAGGAACAAGUGACAGACCGUGAUUUGUCUGAUCCAACAUAUCUUUCGAUCCUUAGGGACUUGGGUUGGAAUGAUGAUGAUGAUGAGCCUCCAAAGUCUUCAACAAAGCCUUCAAAGAAAGAUGGUGAUCAAUCUGUGCUGAUCAAUGAUGUUUCUCUAAGCCAGCAUUCUACAAAUAUGUUGGCAGGAGCACCAAAAAGAAGUAAAUUUGAAAUUCAGAGGGAACUCUUGGGCUUAAAAAGAAAGGCUCUUGCUCUCAGGCGUGAAGGGAAGGUGGAGGAGGCUGAGGAAGUGCUGAAAAUGGCGAAAGAACAAGAAAGCAAGUUAGCUGAAAUUGAAGCUCCAAAUAAAGAACUGCAAGUGGAGGCUCUUAGCAAAGACAAAGUCUUCAAUCAUCCAGUUGCAAGUGCAGUUGAUGAAGGGAGUCUUGAAGCAGUUACAGAGGAGGAUAUGCAUGACCCAGGGCUGAAUUCAAUGCUUAACACUCUCGGGUGGAAGGAUGAAGAGUCUGAAGCAGGAUCCACAAAGGAAGAGCCAGUUAAGAAUGCUGCCAGUAGUUCUGCACUUGAUUCUUCUUCUAGCAUUUCUAGUGAAGCUUCAGGGAGUAAGAGAGGGAUUCAAAAAGAACUCUUAGCACUGAAAAGGAAGGCUCUUGCUCUUAAACGUCAAGGAGAAGUGGAAGAGGCUGAGGAAGUUUUGAGGAUGGCAAAGCAUUUGGAAGUCCAGAUGGAAGAUAUAGGGAACCAGAACAAGGAAUUUCCCCUUAAUGCUUCGAAUAUUGAAAAACCUGGUUUACCUGCAUCAAUUGACUUGUAUGGAAAGCGUGGGAGUCCAGGAGCUGCAAUGGAAGUUGAUACUGACUCACCUUCAUCAGUGCUUGGUCCAUUAUCUAGAGAGGCCAGUCCCUCGAAUGAAACCAUUGGUCAUAAUGCUUCAGCUAUACAGUCCAUGAGUUCAUCAGGUUUAUUCACUGGCGAUAGUGGGAGCCAUUCUGAAAUAUUUGCCCAAAAACGAAGAGAAGAAUCUAUGAUUGGGUCAGCUAAUGUGGCUCAAGCAGCCCCUCCUAUUUGUCUGGACUCCUCAUCUCGUAAUCAAGAAGAGGGAUCCAAAAGCAAUGUUGCAAUUGAUAAAAGAGAAGAAUUUGCUGCCGAACAUGAAAAGCCAAGCACAAGUGAGGCAGCUGCUGAUCAGGAUCAUGCUACUAAGAAUAAUGUUUCCUAUCAUCAAGAAAUUUUGGCUCAUAAAAAGAAGGCAGUUGCUUUGAAAAGAGAGGGGAAACUAGCAGAAGCUCGGGAGGAACUCCGUCAGGCAAAACUGUUGGAAAAGAGCUUGGAGAACAAUAUGCAGCCAAAAGCUGCUUCCAACAUGCCCUCCAAUAACAAUAUGCAGCCAAAAGCUGCUUUCAACAUGUCCUCCAAUGUAUCUAAUAUUGAACAGAAAAAAGAUCCAUCAAAUGUUGCUGUUAAACCAUUGUCUAGUCGAGAUCGUUUCAAGUUGCAGCAGGAGUCUUUGGGGCACAAACGUCAAGCCCUAAAGUUAAGGAGAGAAGGCCGGAUGGAGGAAGCAGAAGCUGAGUUCGAAAAGGCAAAGGCACUUGAAAUCCAGUUGGAGGAGCUGGGAGGUCAUGAUUCUGGUAAAUCUUCCAGUUUGUCAGAUGCUGUACACGAUGUGACUGUUGAGGAUUUUCUUGAUCCUCAACUGUUAUCUGCUCUGAAGGCAGUUGGACUUGAAGAUGUUAGUGCUGUAUCAAAAGGUCCAGAAAAACAAGAGACUAAUAAGUCCGAUGUUGCUAGGACCGAAAACGUCAAUGAAGAGAGAAUUCAGCUAGAAGAAAGAAUCAAAGCAGAAAAAGUGAAGGCUGUAAAUUUGAAGCGGUCAGGAAAACAAGCUGAGGCCUUAGAUGCUCUUCGACGGGCCAAGUUGUAUGAAAAGAAGCUGAAUUCCCUAACGUCCGCGUAAGAACGAAGCACUCCAACAUCUGGGUUGGAAGUUCUUGUUUUGGGUGUUAACUUCUAUGGUAGAAAUUGAUUUGUGAGAAUUGUUUUGAAGGAGAAACUAGGAGUUGUACUAGAGGUUGCUCCUUCAAUAAAAUCCAUGUAGAGUUCACUGUGUUUAUCAAGAUCAUAGAAAAUAUACAACCAUUCAUGAAAUAAUUAUAGAUGUGGCUUUCAACGUGAAGGGAUAUGAUGGUCUCUUGCUGCGUGUUUCUAAUUGUUUUCAAAAUUUAGUUUGACACAGACGACUUGAAUUGCAAAAUUAUCACUUUGGUUUGUAUUCUGUUAUUAUCUUUUUGACAUGCUACAUUGACCUGAUCAUGACUAUGGAAAUUCUGAAAUUGUUUA